UAGCAAAGCCUGACAUACUGUCUUCUGUGUUUUACUUCAUAUUUUGACUCCAGCAACAUUCAGCAACAAAAAUGCUUCUACUGACUACAUUGGUUUUCUGGCUUGCUGGCACAUGUGAUGGUGUGCAGAGACUGACCUGUCCUUAUGAUCUAAAGGACAAGGACCUCCCCAGGGUGUGGUGUAAGGAGACGUCCCCACAGUGCUGUUCAGGCUUCAGCUUCAGCAGGGAGAGCAAGUCUUUGGAUGCAGGAAGGUUGAAGGUGACCCAGGGUGUUGACUCCUUCAUUGUGGAUGUCCUGGGCCUGGCCCAGGGAGAGGGAAUGUAUUGGUGCGGUGUGCUGAGCAGCAAUAAAACCAUCAUCAAACUGGCUGAGGAGUACUUCUACAGCAGUUCCUACGUUUGGGACAUUCUUCGCUGGAUUCUGAUGCCUCUGCUCCCCAUGGCGAUCCUCUUUUCUUACUGUUACUUAAAAAGAAAAGACCAAAACAAGGUAAAGUAUGACAUUAAAACAUUUCAUUCCUUAAACAGAAUAGCAAUUGCCAUGUAGCUACUGUUUUUCAACAGCUAUAACAUACACCUGGUAUUUCUUAAUUCAGAAGGAGGGAGUAUACAUGGACAUCCCUAUGAUCUCAGAUCUGGGAAAAAAUCAUCCACAUACUGAAGAAGAGAUAACUGAGCUGGAAUGAUGGACAUUGCUAAAGGCCACACAAAAUGCUAAAGGGGCUUUCAAUUCUAUGCUACGAAACAAGACAGCCAUUACAGCUUUUUACAGUUACACAAACUGAAGUUCUGUACCUCAAGAAAAUGUAUUAGUCUCCCUGGUGGUUACAAGAGCUAAGUGAAAAGAAUCUAAACCAAUAGUUUGUCGUAGCUUUCAUGAUUUACAUAAUGGAAAAAAAUGGAAACGCCAUCUAUGAAGAAAUACGUCUGCAUUUAUUAGGAUGAGCCAAACACAGGUUCACAUCCAGUGAAAAUAUGGAAACAUUUCAUGGGAUGAAAAUAAAUAUCAAUUUACCUUUGUAUACAUUAUUUUCUUAUUGUACAACAUAAGCCUCAUGCGCCAAUUGGAAAUUUGCUCUUAGCAUUAUUUUUGCCUCAUGAACCACCCAUUGAAUGACAACAAUAGACAGACAAUGCCGCAGUAUUUUAGAUUAAUGCAUAGUUUCAUAUUUUGAAAGAUACAUUUGACAUUUUAAACCUUCGAAUGUAAUCGAACGUGACAAGUAUAUAAUACAUCUAAAAGUCUGUUGUCUCGUCAGUUAAUAAACAUACCUUGUAACAUCGUCGAAAUAAAAGCUUCAUGUACCGUGUAUCA